AUGGUCCCGCUUUCUUCGCUCACUUUUUUCUUUUCUUUUCUUUUCUUUUCGGCCACUACAUAUCCACCUAACCAAACCCUGCGACGCCCGACGCCGACGUCGGCGUCGACUAUUCUGCACUUUCCACGCUCGGAUCUUCACUUCCACUUUCGACUACGAUCCGGACGAAGCGAGGUGAAAGUCGCCACCUCUCGGCCACGGCCGGCAGUGCAGUCGGGCAAAGCCAUGUUGUGUCCAGUCCAGUCCUAUCCAGUCUCUCGGUCUUGGGCCCAGCAGAAACAACUCGUGCCUGGUGGUGGUGGUCAAAAAGUGGAGCAGCACGGCAAGAAUUCUCGUCGGCUUCCUAAUCAUUUCCAGAUAUCAAUGCCGGUACAUAUCAUACCUAUCGAGGCUGCUGACGGACCUGCUGCGGAAGAGGAGGAGAAGGAGGAGAUGGGGCUUGGGCCUCCCCCCGACCCCUCGAUCCCGCCGAUCCAAUCGUGA